AUGCGGUCUGCGGCGAGGUUGUUAUAUGCAACCGUAUUCGCAUUUGCGGGGCUUAGCAAUGCCAGCGAUAAUGGCACUCCAUUGGAUCCAACCAAGUGUGCUCUCGAGCCUUCGGCUAUGGUUUCAGACGCUUGCGUAUCCUACGGCUCUAUCGACGGUAUUAACGACAUGAUUUUUACGACCCUCAACUCUCUCACGCAAGACACGGACUUCUUCUCAUAUUAUCGCCUCAACCUCUUCAAUAAAGAAUGUCCUUUCUGGAACGAUGCGAACAGCAUGUGUGGCAAUAUUGCCUGCUCUGUAAACACUAUUGACUCCGAAGAAGACAUCCCUCUCACAUGGCGCGCAGAGGAAUUGAGCAAACUGGAAGGCCCAAAAGCAAUCCAUCCGCCACGCAAGAUCCAACAACAACGUCCGAAAGAGCGACCCCUACAAGGAGAGCUGGGAGAGGAUGUUGGCGAAAGUUGUGUAGUUGAAUACGACGACGAGUGCGACGACCGCGACUACUGUGUUCCGGAGGACGAGGGUUCCGCCGGGAAGGGCGACUACGUGAGCUUGGUGGACAACCCGGAGCGGUUCACGGGAUACUCGGGUGAAGGCGCACACCAAGUGUGGGAUGCGAUCUACAACGAGAACUGUUUCCUUAAGCCCGUUGAGGAACUGGAGGAACAAACGCUGAAUGUCCCCAUGGGUGGUCUCCAGGCAGCCUCGGACUUCCGCAAUGUGCUCCAGAAGGAGUCGCAGCGCCUGGAAGGUUUGCCGUUAGACAAUGAGUGUCUGGAGAAGCGCGUCUUCCACCGACUUAUCAGUGGCAUGCAUGCUUCCAUUUCAACCCAUCUUUGCUGGGACUACCUCAACCAAACAACCGGCCAGUGGCACCCCAAUGUGCAAUGCUACAAGGACCGUCUCCACGAUCAUCCCGAGCGCAUUUCCAACAUGUACUUCAACUACGCGCUGGUAUCACGCGCCGUGGCAAAACUCCGCAAACACCUUGAGGGCUACACCUUCUGUACCAGCGACCCAGCACAGGACCUCAAGACCAAGGGGCGCGUCAACAAGCUGACCAGCACACUAUCGGAUAUCCCCCAAAUCUUUGACGAGAAUAUCAUGUUUCAAGACCCCGGCGCACUCGGUCUGAAGGAGGACUUCCGCAACCGCUUCCGCAACGUCAGCAGACUGAUGGAUUGUGUCGGCUGCGACAAGUGCCGUCUAUGGGGUAAGCUCCAAGUCAAGGGCUACGGAACCGCACUCAAGGUCCUCUUCGAGUACGACGAGACCAAGAAUGGCGAGAACCCAACCUUGCACCGCACCGAGCUAGUUGCCCUGGUUAACACGCUCGGUCGUAUCUCUCACAGCCUUGCUGCUGCGCGUAGUAUGAAGCGAGCUCUUAUCACCGGCAACACGCACAUGUUCCCCGUCCACGGCGCCGUCCCUUCUAGACACCAAGCGAGCGCCCACGGUGAAAAGCCCCAACGGCGCCUACUCCAAGAUGGCGCUGGAAACUAUUACUACGAGAACGAAAAUGAAGAGGAUUACGUCUACGGCCGGGAAGCGCCGACACGUUACCCCUGGGAACGCCCACCACGCAACCCAAACGCCGGCGUUAUUGAGGAAUUUAUGGUCGAAUGGAACAUGAUCUGGGGAACGGUCGGGUAUAUCUUCCAGACCUGGAUUGAUCUCCCUAGGACAUUAUUCCAACUCGGAGCACUUGAAUCCAUGCGUCUUUACAACUACUGGCUCGGUCUACCUGUUCCCCCUCGGCCAUGGAAGCUGAAGGCCCCUGAGCCGCGUCAACAUACCAAGCUCCGGGCUUAUGAGGAAGCUCAGGCCCAGGCUCAGGCUCAGAAUCAGGCCCAAGCUCGUGAUGAGCUCUGA